AGCAAGCAGAGAGAGGAAACUGUUACAGCAGGAGGAGUAAUGUCCCGGCCUUUUCUAAACAGAUCACAGCUUCUCCUACAGCACGAGUAGCGCAGCAUCCCAGGUACCCCACCAGGAGCAGAGCGUCCCAGGUACCCCACCAGGAGCAGAGCAUUCCAGGUAUCCUGACACCACCAGGAGGAGAGCAUCCCAGGUAUCCUGACACCACCAAGAGCAGAGCAUCCCAGGUAUCCUGACACCACCAGGAGCAGAGCAUCCCAGGUAUCCUGACACCGCCAGGAGCAGAGAAUCCCAGGUAUCCUGACACCACCAGGAGGAGAGCAUCCGAAGUACCCCACCAGGAGCAGAGCAUCCCAAGUACCCCACCAGGAGCAGAGCAUCCCAGGUAUCCUGACACCACCAGGAGCAGAGCAUCCCAGGUAUCCUGACACCGCCAGGAGCAGAGCAUCCCAGGUAUCCUGACACCACCAGGAGCAGAGAAUCCCAGGUAUCCUGACACCGCCAGGAGCAGAGAAUCCCAGGUAUCCUGACACCACCAGGAGCAGAGAAUCCCAGGUAUCCUGACACCGCCAGGAGCAGAGAAUCCCAGGUAUCCUGACACCGCCAGGAGCAGAGAAUCCCAGGUAUCCUGACACCACCAGGAGGAGAGCAUCCGAAGUACCCCACCAGGAGCAGAGCAUCCCAAGUACCCCACCAGGAGCAGAGCAUCCCAGGUAUCCUGACACCACCAGGAGCAGAGCAUCCCAGGUAUCCUGACACCACCAGGAGCAGAGAAUCCCAGGUAUCCUGACACCACCAGGAGCAGAGAAUCCCAGGUACCCCACCGGGAGCAGAGCAUCCCACGUACCUUGACACCACAAGGAGCAGAGCAUCCCACAUACACUGACACCACCAGGAGCAGAGCAUCCCAGGUACCCCACCAGGAGCAGAGCAUCCCACGUACCUUGACACGACAAGGAGCAGAGCAUCCCACAUACACUGACACCACCAGGAGCAGAGCAUCCCAGGUACCUCAACACCACCAGGAGCAGAGCAUCCCAGGUACCCCGACAACACUGGGAGCAGAGUAUCUUAGGUUCCCAGAUUCCACCAGGAGCAGAGCUUUCCAUUUGCCCCGACACCACUGGGAGCAGAACAUUAAAGGUACCCCGACAUCACAAUGCGCAGAGAACUUCAGGUUCAGUGAAUCCACCAGGUGCAGAGCUUUCCAGGUACUCUGACACCACCAGGAGCAGAGCUUUCCAGGUACUCUGACACCACCAGGAGCAGAGCUUUCCAGGUACCCCAACACUACCAGGAGCAGAGCUUUUCAGGUAUCCUGGCAGCAGGAGGAGCAGAGUAUUCCGACCUCUCCUAUAUCCUUACAGCAGGAGGAGCAGAGCUUUGAAGCUUACACAGCGCAAAGUGGAGGAUCCUGGUUCAGUAAGAGAAGCAGAGUAUCUGAAGAUUGGCUUGAUGCAGGAAGUAGAGAAAGGAUUAAAACACAGGAGAAGAUUACCAUGCAAGCUGGAAUUUUCAAGGUGUUUCUGGUAGUGAUUACAGGAAUUGUUAACCACCCGCUACUCUUCCCCCAAAACAAUGCCACUCUGCCAGCUACGGAUGAACAUCUCCUCCAGAAAAUGAAAGAGCACGAGGAGAACAUUAAAAGUCAGCAGCUACAACUGGAGUUGCUCAUGAAUAGCGAGGAGUCGCAGGAGGAGGAGCCAAAAAAAGAUAUAGAGGCCUGGGAUUUCUGGAGUGCCUUGUCAAUGGCGAUAUUCCUGUUGAUUGAAAUAUGGCGACAAGACUUUCAAGGUGGGAACACACAAGAUCACGGCAAGGAAGAGGAUGAGCUGCAAUGUUUAGGUAAUGCCUGGCAAGGUGUGUCCCUCCCAAACAAGACUAUGUUGGCUAUUUUUUAUGACCAGUAUAUAAGAAGUGCCAUUUACGAUACUACCAAGACCCGUGAGUUUGUAGAAGGCUUUGCAGAUGAUUUGCUGGAAGCUUUGCGAAGUGUUUGCAACCGUGACACUGAUAUGGAGGUAGAGGAUAGUGUCUGUGUUGGGAGCACGUAUGAAAACUGGAGAGUGAAUAAGCCAUUAGUAUGUGAUUUGAUUGUUCCCUUUGCUCCUCCAGAACCAUAUCACUUUAAGUGUCAGCCUUGGGUCACAGAACAAUCAAUUUUCCCAGGCUAUGGGACAAUCCGAGUUUAUGGACCUGAUGAUGAAGCAGCAGGAUGCGUCUGUGGAAAGACCAAACUUGGAGAAGACAUGUUAUGUCUUCUUCACAGCCAAGAUUUUCAUGUCAAGAAAAAUGACGGGGAUAUGGAUUUACUUUGCUCCAAAAACUCUAAUUUCUUAUCUACCGAUCGGGUGAUGAAAUGGUUCCAAACUUCAGUAACAAAAGCUUGGAGUAAGAUUUCUCACAAAUAUGAAUUUGACCUCACUUUUAGCCACUUGAACUCUCCAGGAGCCUUAAGAGUAAAAUUUAAAUCUGGGAAAGUAAUUAGCUUCAAUAUUACCCCAGUGGUUCAGUAUGAAGACUCUGACUUGUAUUUCAUCUCACAUUUUCCAAAUUCCCCAGAAUUAUAUACUGAGGCUUCCAAUAUCCACUGGAUUCUUUCCUUUGCAGUGUAUGAGAGGAGAUUCCUCAAGGAGAUUGCCAAGUAUCUACCUGCAAAUUCCUGCCACCUUAGCUGCUUACAGAUAAUGACUUUCCUUUACUCCAAACAGUGUCACCUAACUGGGCCAAGCGGGCUGACCACUUACCAUCUGAAAACAGUUCUUCUGCAUCUUUUGCUGAGCCGACCGUCUGCAGAUUGGAACAUUGUAAUGUUAGAAGAACGUUUGAGAGAUAUGUUCAUGAGUCUGGAAAAAAGCUUGCUGGAGAAGAAACUCAACCAUUUUAUGGUGGGGAAUGGCAAACUUCCUAAUUUUGUUAAUCUUCCAGAAAUCUUCCACUACACAGAACCUCUGAACCUCUUCCGGACAUUUGUCCUAAACCGAGAUCUUUACCAGAAAACUCUGGCAAUGUUUUAUGAAAUGCUGAAGAAUGCCAGUGUUUUGAUAAACGAAUAUAGCAUGCAGAUACCCGCUGCAAAUGGAAAGUAGUCAUCCCAUUAAGUAUGGAAUAACAGCCUGUGGAUCUCUUCUAAAAACACCAGCAUAUUUGAAUUGUGUUACGUUCACAUUCAAUGAAUGUAUAAGGCAGCUUCUCGAGAUUGUAGAGAUAAGGAGAUGCAAAGCUGCUUAAAAUGAAUGUGACUAUUUCAUGUACCGGGGGGGCACUGUUUUUUUAAUUGGGUAAAAGCUCUACAACUAUUAAAGGAAACCUCAAAUCCCAGGAUUUUUAAUUUUCUGUUUAUUUAUCCAAUUAAUUUACCAAAUGUGUGUUCGUAAGGGGAAAAGUCAAAUGAAAUCUGUACUACUGUAUUUACUUCUAUCCUAGAACUGAGAGCAUACAUGCUAAUUCUUUGUCUGUCAUUGUAUGCACUCUUCGCAAAUGACAGGGAGCAGAGACAGGGUAGAGAACCCCAAAC